UGAGUCCAAUUAGGUUAUGAUGAUGGAGCUUCGCUGUGACAGAUAACGAGCACAGCGUUAUCUGCAUUUUGGUUUGCGAUUGACCGUGGCGUGGCGGAGUGAUGGGAGAUCUUUAUGCUCUGGAUUUUGAUGGAGUUCUGUGUGACAGCUGUGGGGAGAGCUCUCUCUCUGCUGUCAAGGCUGCUAAAGUAAGAUGGCCAAGGCUGUUUGAUGGUGUGGAAAAGCCUUUGGAGGAUUGGAUUGUCGAUCAGAUGCACAUAGUUCGACCGGUGGUAGAAACCGGAUACGAAAAUGUGCUACUUGUGAGGUUGCUGUUGGAGAGCCAAGUUCCUCGUGUUCGGACGUCGUCAGUUGCCCAAGGGCUUACUGUUGAGGAUAUAUUGGAGAACUGGUUGAAGAUAAAGCCUGUUAUUAUGACAGAGUGGGAGGAGGUUCGGGAUGAGCUAAUUGAUCUUUUCGGAAAGGUCAGGGAUGAAUGGAUGGACAACGACUUGGCUACCUGGAUAGGUGCCAACAGAUUUUAUCCUGGUAUUCCAGAUGCUCUGAAGUUUGCUAGCUCAAAGCUCUAUAUUGUCACAACAAAGCAGAGCCGGUUUGCGGAUGCAUUACUUAGAGAGCUUGCUGGAGUCAGUAUUCCACCUGAAAGAAUCUACGGUCUGGGAACUGGUCCCAAAGUGAAAGUGCUGAAACAGCUUCAGGACAUGCCAGAGCACCAAGGUCUAACCCUUCACUUUGUUGAAGACCGGCUGGCAACGCUGAAGAAUGUAAUUAAAGAGCCUGAAUUGAACGAAUGGAACCUGUAUCUGGGUGAUUGGGGUUAUAACACUCGAAAAGAGCGAGAGGCAGCAGCUAGCAUUCCUCGAAUUCAAAUUAUCCAGUUGCUGGAUUUCAGCAAUAAGCUAAAGUGAUGUAUUAUUUCAGAUUCAAGUAUUGCUCUAAAUUACAAUAACAGUAGCAACUGUUGUUCUUCCCUACACGAUACGAGUGGAUGUGAUAUAUUUAUUCCUUCA